AUGUCCCAAUCACAGCCAGACUCGCCACGAGGCCAGGCCUCAUGCUUUGGCAUCCUGAACUGUCUGAGCGCGAAGGAGACUGUGCGAGAGAAAAAAGAAAGCUAUGCUCAAAAGCGUGCCUCGAGGCGCAUUGGUGUCGAACGUCCUAUGCGAGUGAUACAUCAUCAGCCUCAUUUGGUAGAGCCUAUGAAGCUCACAGUUUACGAUGUAUUGCCUCCUACACCAGUCACGGCACAAGCUACAGUGUCGAAGUUCGUCCAUCAGAGCAGGAAGUCAUUGUCACGAGCCUCGACCCGAACUAGUUUCGUUACAAGAAAGCAAGCAAUCACAAGACCGAACGUUGCGAAACCUCAACCAGCACUGGCUGCUGACGACUGUCAAUUGAGGCGCAACCCAUCCUUCCGACCCUUACAGCUCAGCAUCUAUAACGAACAACGCCUGUCAGACCUACCAGAGUUCGACCAAGUGAGCUUCACCGAAGCUGGCGAGAUCAGGUUCCCUCCUAGAGCUUUGGUUCGAACUCAGUCAGAGGAGAUGCUCACCCGCCAUACACCAGCAGUGCCGCGGUCCACGUAUGCUAAGCCAGCAUCGAUGUUUGAACAGACACUAUCUAGGAGGAUGUCGCAUGUUCGGAACGAUACUGAAUCGACUAUCGUCUCUAACUCAAGGCCUCCAUCGUCCUAUGAUGCGCUGCACAGUCAUCCUAUAUCAUGGUACUCUACACUACCUGGACUGCCUUCAACCAUGCAAUUCGCAAUGGCACCAGAUCAGGGCAAGAAAAUUCUCAGUCCAAUGAAGGAAGAGUUUACACCUCCACCAAGCGGCGCCGUCAUGAUCAACGGCAAGGUUUUGGCUUUCCCAGAAGUUGACGUCCACAGAAUACCUACAGAAAUGGCACAUCGUUCUCUCCUGCCACCUGCCAUAGGUCAAGAAAGUGAUUUAGCAGCUCCUGCUCCGAUUGUCGAUCCUGGCCCAAAUAGAAGGACCACGAUCAUCGCCAAACACAAGAUGAAAAUUUCUCAAUCAGCAUCAAUUGUGCUUGCAUCUUCCACCGCUCUAAGAACUCGGACCAACACACUGGAACAAGCACAAGCUACCUCGCCUCAACCAGCAGAUCUUCAGCAGGCGCCCCCUGCCGAGGAGCCAAGAUCCUACUUUCACACAGACUUCAAGACUAAUACUCGUAUCAACCAGUGGUUGAACAAUGACACCAACAACAAAGAUGAGGCCACCACUCGUUCGCGGAACUCAUCGGUCAGCACGGUCAAGACUACAACCACAUCAUCGUCUUUCGCUGAACACAGACGCAAACGUUCUCAAUUCUAUCAACUCAACCACAACAAGGCGCAGACUCCAUCUCCGGUCGAUCAAGUCACGUCAGCAGCAGCCAAGCCAAUUAAGACGCCAACACCACUCAACCUAUACACACCAUUUCCACGUCAAAAAGCAAUCAAUACUAAUGCGAAUGCCGUCGAUCGUGGUCAUGCUAGAUCUCCAUCUUCCUCCGCCAAAUCCCACACGCGAACACAGACAACGUCAACAGUCGCCUCAACAGUCGCAACUGACGUGCUCUUCGAGCAGCCCGAGACACCCGAGCUGAUCCACGAAGAUCGACAGCCAGCACAGCAACCUGCCAGGCGAGCCUACGACGCCGAGUCCGUGACCACCGUCGACAUGAAAAGCCGCACAGGUACAAUGAAGAGCACAAUCACUUCACACUCAUACCACCAAGUCGUCACCGGUCCUGACACAAUCCCAAUCCACCUAGAAGAGGAGGUUAAACCUGAAGGCAAGACCAUCGCAGUAACGACCACAGGCUUCGUGUUCAGAGGCAGCACGCCCAGCCCAAGCCCUAGUCCACGGACACCACUGAGCGCAAAAACCAAGGACGUCGAGAAGAUGAUGUUUGAGAUGUGUGCUCAGGGUGGCUAUAGACGAGUGAACGUUGGUCUCGCUUUUUAG